CUUAUCAGUUCGCGCCGGGCAGCCGGGAAGCGCGGUCCUCGUUGCAAAGAGUCGGAAGAAGACGGAAAACGUGAGAGGGCGCCAAACGCCGUGCUUUUUUGAAUUUGUGCUCAUGUCAUUCUCCCUGUUCGUUGUUGUUCUUGCCUAAUUUUCUCCUUGGUGAAAGUGAGAGAAGAUAAUUAAAGAGGUGUAAAACAGAGAUUUUCUCUUCUAAUCGAACCGUUGACAGCGUCUUGUCAAUGCAAGUGUGUAUAUCAGUACGAAAACGUAAACCUCGAGUAAUGAUGGCUUCAACAAUCUUGGCUUCAUAGCGCGUACAUUGAGGGAGAGUUAAGAUGCCGCAUGCUGGGAGGACGGAACGGUGGAAAAGAGCGCUACUCUUGACAUCGUGGUCACUCACACUCCUUCAGUCAAUACAACUCACGAAAGCACAAUAUAACGUGAUCGAAGAAGAGCCUGGCCUUGAGGUAGCCCCGGCUCCUUGCGCGGGCUACAAACCGGGCGAAGAUGAUCUUCAAACCUUUGAUUUCAUCAGGAGGUAUAAAUUGGACUUGCUGGACACUCAACGCCCCGGAGUAACCAGAGUCAGAGGAAGUAAUCGCAUGCAAACGGCGUACAGAUUGGACAGGGAUGCUGAUUUGACCUUACCAACAAGUGAUAUUUUUCCCUCCGGAUUACCAGAGGAAUUCAGUUUAAUAUGUACCUUCAAAACGCGAAAGUGGCCAAACCGGCCAUGGCACGUAGUGAGGAUACUCGAUGUCAAAACACGGCCACAAUUCCUGAUCACUUUGAACCUCAAGAAACGGACUUUAGAAUUCUCGAUCAUGAAUUAUGACGGAAAACUGCAAACAGUAGUCUUCAAUAACAUCUCCGUUUUCGACAGAGGCUGGCACAAGAUUCACUUUGGCGUCUUCAGGCAGAGUGUGGUCUUGUACGUAGAUUGUGAAAGAGGCAUUUCACAACCAUUGGAGCUGAGAGGACCCAUCGAUGUCAACGGGAAAACUUCAAUUGCCAAAGUUGGCAACUUAAGACGGACAGUACCUGUUGACUUACAAUGGAUGUUACUCAGUUGUGACCCUACAAGACCCCAGCGAGAAACAUGCGACGAAUUGCCGAAGAUUAUACCCGGCCCUGGUAAUCCCCCCAUUCCUACAGGGAAACCUCCUCAAACGUGUUCUAUCACCUGUCCACAAGGACCUCCUGGCUAUAACGGCACACAGGGGUCACCUGGCCCACGGGGACCAAUUGGCCGCAUCGGAGAACCAGGCCUUCCAGGUUUUCCGGGCCCAAAGGGAUUUCCGGGGCUCAAUGGAUUACCCGGACCUCGAGGUUUGACCGGUCCUGAAGGACUUCCUGGUCCCCAAGGUAUCAUCGGCCCUCAUGGACCUCCAGGGAGCACUGGACCCAAAGGUGAUCGCGGAGACAUGGGUUUCGCUGGACUCAAGGGAGACCGGGGCGAAAUCGGGCCACCGGGUUUUCCGGGCUCUCCGGGACCUCAAGGACCUCCUGGAAACGGGAGUGGUGAAACUGUGCAGGGUCCCCCGGGGCCGGUUGGACCACCUGGGCCUCAGGGUGCUCCGGGAAUUCGAGGGUUCACUGGGGAACGAGGCGAUUCGGGGUUUCCUGGACAGGCUGGAGUUCCGGGUGAACGAGGCUUGAAGGGCGAACCUGGAGAUUACGGGCCGCCGGGACCUCCAGGACCCCAAGGAUUAACGGGUCUUCCAGGAACACCAGGCCAACCCGGGAACGCAUUAAUCGGAGGAACAGUUCCGGGAGCUCCAGGAUUACCGGGAACGCCAGGCGCAGAUGGACUACCUGGUCCUACUGGACAAAAGGGGGUCAAAGGUGAUCAGGGUGACCGUGGCGAACCUGGAAUUCGAGGUGACAAAGGAGAAAGUGGCGAACGCGGUUAUCCGGGAUCAGACGGAUUUCCUGGAGAGUUGGGAAAAGAUGGUAUCCCAGGCCUUCCAGGACCCAAAGGCGAAUUAGGAUUUCCUGGACCACCGGGUGCUCAAGGUUCUCCAGGACCUCCAGGCACAGAUGGAAUCCCAGGAAUUCCGGGAUCAAAGGGACUUUCCGGUAACCCGGGAAUUGUAGGGCCUGAAGGACCUGCAGGUUCUCCGGGUGAAGACGGACUACCAGGGGUUAAAGGAGAAAGUGGAGCACCAGGCUUACCCGGUAUCCCUGGUCCUGUUGGACCGCCCGGAAUUGACGGAACUCCUGGUUCUGACGGACUGCAGGGCAUAUCCGGAUUGCCAGGUGAACCGGGAAAUCCUGGCCCUCAAGGUCCCACCGGGCCAAUGGGAAAGUCAGGUUUUCCAGGGCCAACGGGAAAACCCGGCGAAAAAGGAGGUAACGGACAACCCGGAGAACAAGGGCCCAUUGGACCCCGUGGGACACCAGGAAAUUCAGGCAGUCCAGGCGUACCAGGACAACAAGGGCCUCCUGGCUUGCCGGGACUCGAAGGAAGACAAGGACUUCCUGGUCCGCCGGGACCACCUGGACCCCCAGGUGACAUGUUGAGUACGAAUAGUGUCUUUCUUGAUGGUGCUGGAUCUCCGGGUGUGAGUGGACCACGAGGACACCCUGGCACUCCAGGAAUGCCAGGUGAAAGAGGUGCCGCGGGCGAUCGAGGACCGGAAGGACAAAUGGGUCCUCCAGGGAUGCCUGGGAAAGAGGGAGCUCCAGGACUCCCAGGGCCACCAGGACAGAGAGGACAGUCGGGUAUGCCCGGAAUCCAAGGGACUCCCGGAAGAAGUUACAGUGACGCGGAAAUUCGUGAUAUUUGUGCAACUGUACUGAGAGAGAGGCUGAGCGAAUUAACAGACGGGCUACGAGGGCCACCCGGAAUGCCGGGUCUAAGCCGACAAGGCCGUCCCGGCCGAGCCGGAACCCAGGGCAUCCCAGGUGAUCCAGGUCCUCCAGGAUUGCCAGGAGAACGCGGUUUUGUUGGAAUGCCAGGGCCACAAGGUCCCACUGGUCCUCAGGGACUGCAAGGGGAAAGAGGUGACAAGGGUGACCGAGGCCCGGAAGGCAUUGGAAUGGAAGGUCCGCCUGGCCUUCGAGGAUUGCCAGGUCCUCCAGGAAAUGAUGGAGUUGGUUUACCGGGAAUACAGGGAGACAGAGGAGAGGCGGGACGACCUGGUAUUCCUGGUAUGCGAGGAGCUCCGGGUGCUCAGGGAGCGCCAGGAUUUUGUGAGCUUUGCAAAUUUCCAACCGCCAAUUACCUACAAUACAGUAGUCAGGGUACAAACAAAGGACCUCGUUAACAUUGCAUAGAUAUAGUAUCUGUAUAGAUAAUGUGCGAUGCUGGAAAUAUUCAUCUUAACAUUCGAGGUGCAGACACACUCUUGAUUAUAUACAUCAAACAUAAACUUAGUAGGUGCUAUUUUGAUAUCUCCCUUGUGAUUGUCAAAACAUACUACUUGAAGAACGUUACUUACCAUGAUUACGUGAGUCGCAUAUCCUUAUUGACAAUUCACUGUGUAUGUGUUCACAUUUAAGGAUAGACACUAAAUUAUGGCUGUAGGUACUUGUAAGGUUUAGGCAUCUAUGAUAUUGUCGAAACAACAAAUUUGAGCAGCUAACACUGGGAUUCUACGCUACAUAUUAUGAAUAUAUAUAUAUUAAUUAGUCAAAUAAAUUUUACGUAAGUGA